AUGGCGAGAGGAAGAGGUAGAGGAAGAGGGCGAGGACGCAAAACAACAAUUCUGGCAGUUGGUAGCUCAGUAGGAGCUCGUGUGGAAGCAAAUGAGGAAAAUCAACCAGAACAGACUCCAAAUGUGGAAGUUAGGUAUGAAGCUGGGCACUCUGUGAUUUCAAAAAACACAAGAAAUUUGAGUUUAAACUACUCACAGGAGAAGGAAGAUGAUCUCAACAACUCAGAUCUAGAUCAAUCUGAGGACGGGAGCAAGAUGGAAGGUAAUGAAACAGUAACUGGCAGUAAGGGAGAACAAGUAGAUGAGAAGAAGAAGGAACCAUGGGUUAACAUGUUUAAAAACAAUAGAGUAGCUAAUAAUGGAAUGAACUUGACGUACUUUCCUCCACAAAUAGUGAAUGGGCAAACCAUGGUGCAGCUUGAAAGUGAUGAAGUACAGAUUGAAGAGGACAAAUGGAAAUAUGCAUUAAUAGCUUAUGUAAUUGGUGAAUGUCCGGGAUUUAAUACUAUGCACAGAUAUGGAAUGAUGAACUGGGCUAAAGGGGAGAAGCCUGAGGUGUUUCUUCAUGAUGAAGGAUACUAUAUAAUCAAGUUUAAGAGCUUAACAGAUAUGAAUGAAGUGCUAUAUUCAGGGCCUUAUACGAUUAGUAAUAGGCCUAUAAUACUGAAACAAUGGAGUGCUGAAUUUGAAUUUGGGAAGGAGUUCCUAACUGAAAUACCACUAUGGGUAAACUUUCCAAAAUUACCUUUAAACUGUUGGGGAGCUGGAUCUCUGAGUCGCAUUGCUAGUGCAAUAGGAGUGCCAUUGUUUGCUGAUGAAUGUACCACUAAACAGACUAGAAUUUCCUAUGCUAGAAUGUUGAUUGAAGUAAAUGUUACUAAACCUGUGCCUGAGAAGAUAGUAGUCAAAGAUCCAAAUGGUAGAACAUUUAUGCAAGAUGUUGUGAUGGAAUGGAAGCCUGUAUAUUGUGAAAAAUGUCAGAGAAUUGGCCAUCAAUGUCAAGAUACAACAUUGGAGGAUCAGCCAAAGAAGAGAAGACCCUGGAAAAAAGUUACACAGGCCUGGCAGUAUAAAGGGCCUAUUCAACAGCAGGGGAAGGUAGUGGAACAAAGAAAGGAUGUAGAGAUCAAAGAAGGUGAAUCUCACUCAGCACAGGAAGAGGAAAAUAUGCUAAGAAAUGAUCAGGUAAUCCAAACUCCUGAAAUAAGCUUAAGGCCUCAUAAUGGGAACACUCAGCUGGAGUUUAGCUUGUCAAACUUUCCAAUGUUAUCAGCUAUCCCUAUAAGGAAUGGUUUUGAGAGUCUUAUGAAUAGCAAACUGGUGACAUUGCCUGUGGAUAGGGGGGGAACUUCAAAAUCUUGCUAA